AAUGUGAAAGCCUCCUCGGGUGCUUCGCCCUCCCCGCGGGCGGUGUGCGGCAUCGCCUGCGAACCCCGGCGGUGAGCGGGUAUGGCGUUUGUGGCGGCUGCUGCAGGCUGGCUGCUCAGGCUCAGGGCGGCAGGGGCUGAGGGGCACUGGCGUCGGUUCCAUGGCGUGGGGCUGGCGCGGGGCUUUCUGCACCCCUCCGCGACUGUCGAGGAUGCGGCCCAGAGGCGGCAGGUGGCUCAUUUUACUUUCCAGCCAGAUCCGGAGCCCCGAGAGUACGGGCAAACUCAGAAAAUGAAUCUUUUCCAGUCAAUAACAAGUGCCUUGGAUAACUCAUUGGCCAAAGAUCCUACUGCAGUAAUAUUUGGUGAGGAUGUUGCCUUUGGUGGAGUCUUUAGAUGCACUGUUGGCUUGCGAGACAAAUAUGGAAAAGAUAGAGUUUUUAAUACCCCAUUGUGUGAACAAGGAAUCGUUGGAUUUGGAAUCGGAAUUGCCGUCACUGGAGCUACUGCCAUUGCAGAAAUUCAGUUUGCAGAUUAUAUUUUCCCUGCAUUUGAUCAGAUUGUUAAUGAAGCUGCCAAGUAUCGCUAUCGCUCUGGGGAUCUUUUUAACUGUGGGAGCCUCACUAUCCGGUCCCCUUGGGGCUGUGUUGGCCAUGGGGCUCUCUAUCAUUCUCAGAGUCCUGAAGCAUUUUUUGCCCAUUGCCCAGGAAUCAAGGUGGUUAUACCCAGAAGCCCUUUCCAGGCCAAAGGACUUCUUUUGUCAUGCAUAGAGGAUAAAAAUCCUUGUAUAUUUUUUGAACCUAAAAUACUUUACAGGGCAGCAGCGGAACAGGUUCCUAUAGAACCAUACAACAUCCCAUUGUCCCAGGCCGAAGUCAUACAGGAAGGGAGUGAUGUUACUCUUGUUGCCUGGGGCACUCAGGUUCAUGUGAUCCGGGAGGUAGCUUCCAUGGCAAAAGAAAAGCUUGGAGUAUCUUGUGAAGUCAUUGAUCUGAGGACUAUAAUACCUUGGGAUGUGGACACAGUUUGUAAGAAUGCAGAUCCAUUUUCCUUAGGGCUGUAUCCUACUGGGAAGAUGAAAGAGGAGACAAACAAUCUCUACUGAAUGAGAAAGUGAUGUAUCAGACCUCGGACUUAUUAGCAUCAUUAUUUUGUUUUGUUUUGGGAUGCGUUCAUCUGGUUGUGACAGUGAAAACCAGCUUCUUGAUUGCUUUGGGUCUAUUGGAGACUUUCUUCAUUGCUGAUGAUGGUACCUCUCCUGUUUUCUUUUGAUGUAUCAAAAGAGGUAAAAUUUUGGUACUUAGCUUUUUCCUCCUAGGAUUUAGAGAUGAUUUUAAAGAAGAGGGCCCUAUAACCAAAUAUUUAUAUUGAAAAUGAGGGUUUUUUUUUCCCCCAGAGUGAAGCUUUUUAAAUUCAUCUUGAUAAAUUCUAUAGUAACCAAAAUUUGUGUUAUAAUCUCUUUUAAUUAGCUGUGUUUUAUCAGUUGUUUUUGUUUUAUGACUCGUUAGAUCCCUCAGUUUUAUUCAUUAUGUGUUAGCUAAACCCCAAUAUAUAUCUUUUGGAAUACCUAAUCGAGAAAAGAAAGCAUAUUAAAAGCAAAAAUGAUUUGUUGAACACAUAUAUUAAUAUACUCUACACACUAAAAUGACUCUGGGACACUUGAGGAAUUCAUACUUCUUGCUUAAUCCUUGAUACAUGGUUUGGAAGUUAUAAAACAACAUAAAUAGUUACUCAGGGAUAGAGAAAGGAACAGAGUCUUUGAUUGUUGCUCAAGGGAGUUACAAAAUUAGAGACUUAAAUGGGCCUAAGAAACCACAGCUAGUUUUUCCACUCAAUGCUGAACUUGAUAUUAAAAAGCUAAGCUGGAGACUUCUGAAAAGCACAGUAGAAAAUUCUUGAGUUUAGAGGUGCUUAAGAGACAGAUACCUACCCUGUGCCAUGGGUGUGUAUGUGUGUGUGGAAGUGGAUUGGCUUAAGAGAAUCAGCUGUGUGAGUUCAAAGCCCUGAAAUGAGUGGCACGUUGAAACUGAUGACCUAUAACUGCAUUUUAGUUGGCUACACUUGCUAUUUGGUCUCAACUAGGUGUGUAGAAUCCAGGUGUAUAGAACUCAUUUUGUGGGGCUGUAGUGACAACAUUGAAAUUUUGAGGGGAGUUAGACACAUACUUUAACUUUCUCUCAAAAUAUUUGCCAAAUUCUAAAGGUGUGAAUGGUGAAAGGUAAGUAGAAAAUAUCUGGAAAGUGAAGCUAUCACUUGAUAAUGAAGUGACAAAGACCAAUCAUACUCUCAACUGAAAGCCAUGGUGAGUUAGGUCUUACAAUUAGAGGCAAACCAGAUGUAGACCAGGUCAUCUCAAACCCACAACACAGCCUCUACCCCUUUGAGUUUUUUUAUUGAAUUAUGUACUUUUACUCUAUCUGUCCAGCAGAGCAAGGAGUCAAACCUCUCAUUAUCAGGAGAUCGAGACCAUCCUGGCUAACACUGUGAAACCC